AUGGAAUUCGGAAACGUAAAGUCAGACGUCGGUUUGGUGUUUACUUGCGAGAUGCAGAAAGGCAUCGGCGAUACGGUAUACGAUAUAUUCGUUCAAUGCGAUAUCAUAUCUCCGAGAUACGAGAUUUUUGAGAUUCUGGGUAUGUCAGAAACGAGUCGUAGCGAACAACUCGUAACGAGCCGGGUUUCAUCGCCGGAGGAUUCAGAUUCACGCUGGGAAAGAGAAUGGGGGAGCAGAAAUGAAGCAGACAGAACAGAUGAAGAAGUUUCGGACAAACCCUUGUCCGAAAUUUGCCUGAAACGGAAGAGAUCAGACGGAGAAGAUGAUGAUAAAGAUGGCAAUGUUCGUCGCGAAUCUGACGACGACGAAGAAGAAGACGGAUUCAAGACGCCGACUCGGCCGGUAAACAGAGUACCGGAGAUCUGUGAGUGUCCGGCGGCGCCGAGGAAACAGAGACCGGAGCUGUCGGAUUUUGCAGUUAGUAAAUGGGGGUCUUGCCGGAGAGACCCUGAUUUUUUGCCGGAAGAUAUCAUCGACUCGUUUUUCACAGAUUUGCAACGACCCACGACGACGAUGAAGAAGAAGAAGAUGAUGACGACAGAGAAGUAG